CUUUAGAACAGGAGCUUUGCUUCCCAUGACGCAGAGCGGAGUGUCAACUGGGAUAUUUCUGGUAAAACUGAAAGCAAGGGAAGCAGGCUGCACACUUCACAAGGUUCCAGCCCCCCGGGGGCUGUGGGUGGGGUUUCGUGGGGGUUCGGGUGCCAUCCUCAAGUCACAGAUGAAUGGACCUUUCAUCUGAAAGAAAGGAGGACCCAGGCUGGGAAAUCAAUCUCCAGCCGAAGAUUGCCUGUGAAGCAAUCAUAAAGGGGAACACACACACACACCAGCUAGAGGGAAAGAUCGAAAAGGCAAGAAAGGUGCGAAUUGUGACUAACUCGCCGCUUCAGCAGCUACUCAACGGAACCAGAAGAAAAAUGUCCCUUAAGUUGCCAAGAAACUGGGAUUUCAACCUGAAAGGAGAGGCUGGGAAAAUAGCUCGGUCAAGGAGCGUUAUGACCGGCGAGCAGAUGGCCUUUCACCAGUCGUCCACCCCCAACCCGCUGGAAAGGCCUAUCAAGAUGGGCUGGCUGAAGAAGCAGAGGUCCAUUGUGAAAAACUGGCAGCAGAGGUACUUUGUGCUGAGGGCACAGCAGCUCUACUACUACAAGGACGAAGAAGACAUGAAGCCACAGGGUUGUAUGUAUCUACCAGGAAGUACAAUCAAAGAGAUCGCCGUAAACCCAGAAGAAGCGGGGAAGUUUGUCUUUGAAGUCAUUCCAGCCUCAUGGGACCAGUGUCGCACGGGACAGGACUCCUAUGUCCUGAUGGCCAGCUCUCAGGCGGAGAUGGAGGAGUGGGUUAAAUUCCUUAGGAGAGUUGCUGGCACGCCCUCUGGAGCGGUGUUUGGCCAACGCUUGGAUGAGACCGUGGCCUAUGAGCAGAAAUUUGGCUUCCACCUAGUGCCCAUCCUGGUGGAGAAGUGUGCAGAGUUCAUCCUUGAGCACGGCCUGAAUGAAGAGGGCAUCUUCCGACUGCCUGGACAGGACAACCUGGUAAAGCAGCUCAGAGAUGCUUUUGAUGCAGGGGAGCGACCCUCCUUUGACAGAGACACAGAUGUGCACACAGUGGCCUCCCUGUUAAAGCUCUACCUCCGAGACCUCCCAGAGCCCGCAGUUCCCUGGAGCCAAUAUGAGGGGUUCCUGUUCUGCGGACAGCUCAUGAAUGCAGAUGAGGCAAAGGCUCAGCAGGAGUUGACGAAACAGCUCUCCAUCCUUCCUCAAGAGAACUACAACCUCCUGAGCUACAUCUGCAGGUUCCUGCAUCAAAUCCAGCUGAAUUCUGCUGUUAACAAGAUGAGCGUGGAUAAUCUGGCUACUGUGAUUGGUGUGAAUCUCAUCAGGUCGAAGGUGGAAGACCCUGCUGUGAUCAUGAGAGGUGCUCCUCAAAUUCAAAGAGUGAUGACCAUGAUGAUCAGAGACCAUGAAGUCCUUUUCCCCAAGUCCAAGGAUGCACCUCUGUCACCCCCGGCCCAGAAAAAUGACCCCAAGAAACCUCCAGUGCCUCGAAGCUCUGUGGGCUGGGAUGCCAGUGAAGAUGCCCCAAUUUCUAGGGCAGACAGCUUCAGUAACGCGACCAGCGACUCGGAGGCAACCAGCCCCACCGGACAACAGCCGAGUGACAAGUGUCUAGAAGACAGUAGCAAAGCCCCCAGGGAAAAGCCAGGAGAUUGGAAACUACAGUCACGAAAAAGGACUCAGACACUCCCUAACCGGAAAUGCUUUUUGACAGCAGCUUUUCAAUGUGCCAACAACAGCAAAGUGGGGAUCUUUAAAAAUGAGUUCUGGUCAUCUUCUUCAGAGAUGAAGGCAGGGGAAGGGCAUAGAAGAACAGCAUCUCAAGGUAUGCCAAACUUUUCUGAUGCCCAGAGGACUUCCACCUACGAUAAUGUCCCUACCCUGCCUGGGUGCCCUGGGAAUGAAGCAGGUGCACUUUCUUCCCAUGCCUGUGACUCCAAAAGAGAUACUCUUGCCAGCCCAAAUUCUGAAACUGGGCCUGGGACAAAGAACUCUGGAGAAGAAGAACUUGAAUCUUUGCAAAAGAUGGUCCAGGAGCUGCAAAAGGAAAUAGAAACACAGAAGCAAAUGUACGAGGAACAGAUUAAAAACCUUGAGAAGGAAAAUUAUGACGUCUGGGCUAAGGUGGUAAGGCUCAAUGAAGAACUGGAGAAAGAGAAGAAGAAGUCUGCAGCCUUGGAAAUCAGCCUCCGCAAUGUGGAGCGCUCCCGGGAGGAUGUUGAGAGGAGGAACAAGGCCUUGGAAGAAGAAGUCAAGGAAUUUGUCAAAUCGAUGAAGGAGCCCAAGACGGACGCAUGAGCGUCCCCCGAGUACUGCAGAGGCAGGCUGCAGCGGCCCAGCCCUGCUUCCUUUCUCCUUGCUACCUGAUGACUGGGAAGCAAAAUUACUCCCUAAGAGGAGAGAACAUUUUGUGAGAAAACGUCACAUUUCCCAGUCCAUAGACCAAUGACAUUUGUAGGAAGAUGAGGGGAGCGGGGACAUAUGUGGACAUCUAAGACUGCCUAUGGUUGUAUUCAAAAGGAUUCCAUAUUCCACUGUGGUCUCAGGCUGAGUGAAACAGAACCUUCCAUGGCUGGAUGGCUAUGUCCAAUGGAGCCAUUGGAGGCAGGCCACAUCCCAGGACCCAGGCAACAGGCUAUCCCCAACAGGCUGGACUGAGGCUUAGUUCUUUGGUUUCUGUGUGGAACAACUCACCUAGUCAGAUGGCCUCAGGGUGUCUCUGAGACUUAGGGACUGAAAAUGAUCUUCAGCUUUCUAGUGUUUACCGUGGUGUGCUGUUUUGAGGGGCUGCACCUAAGGAAGCCAGAGCCCCGUUCUACCACUCCCACAAUGAUACACACUGUCCAAGGAUUGGAAAUUCAAAAAUAUUACUAAACUAAGAGAAAACAAGCAAUAAACUGUAUUUAUGAAAGCAAAAUGGAUGAGAAAAUUAUAUUCAAAUACAGCAAAAACAACAACAACAACCACCACAAAGAAACAGGCCUGCUGUUGAUCCAUACAAUGCCUUUGUGACAGUUAGUAAACGGCUCCCCUUCCUUGGAGCAGAUGCGGUCCUCUCUAGGUACACAGCUUGGUGAGCAGGGCACAAACUGGAUUCCAGUCCCUACUUGCCUUUCUAUGACCACAAUUCUAUAGGGCUGGCCCAUUGUGGUGUAAUUUUCUUAGAGGCUGGUUGGAAGUUUAGAUAGUAUAGUCACGAUAAUAAUAUUUUUUCUGUUUCACCAAAAUGCAACUGAUUUCUAGUGGCGUAAGGCACUAGAGAAUAGCUAGGAGAGGGGCUUUUCCAGCAGGCAGCUGACUUUCCUCUUACAUUAAGCCAGCUUGGAAGAGGCCCCUGGUGAGGCCCCAGGCUGUGCCAGGUAGGAUGAUAGAGUCCUUAAUGGUUUUCUAGUUAGAUGGUCUCCAAGCUCUUUGGACUGUGUACCCCAUCAGUAGAAAAUAUUUGAGCAUAUACCCCCUAAUGUAGGAAUAUUUAUUUAUUUAUAAAUUAAAUACAUGUAUUACUAAUGUAUUCAUAUGUCAUGUGUAUUAUAAAACAUACACAGAACAGAAAUCAGAUAACGAUGAGAUAAAAACAAAUAUAAAUAGAUGUUCCCGAAUGUGCUUUCAGCUGCGGAGACCACUGGUCCAAUUUCCCAGCGGGUAUUACCCAUAUAGUUUUACACAUGUCUUCCCAUUGCGCCCAUAAAUUUACUUGAACUCUUGAAGCCCCGUGGCUUAAUCAGUGGCUUGAAAUCUGUGGUUAUCACGGUGAGAGUUUAGCCUUCCUCAGCAUAUGUUUCCUCCAUUAUUCCUUUUUCUCCCUUUGUUUUCUUACAUUUUCUCCUCCUCUGUUUGUUUUCUUCCCUCUGGUUAUUUCCCCCUUGCAUGUGGCCAUGGCGUAUGACUCACAGAGUGAAAGAUACAGACAGGGGCUCAGUGUUUUUCAGUCCUGCUACUCUGGUCCUGCUUCGCCCACCCCCCAUUCCCCAGAGGACCAGACCAAUGGAGAGCAAGGACAACACCUAGAACAUUCUCUUAGAAGCCUGCUUGCAGAAGAUUGGGAGGUAGGGGACUGAUUUGGAACAUUAUUAAGUAAAGCAAUAAAAUAUUUGGUUUCCUGGGGUUUACUUUUUUUUUUUUUAACUACAGAAUAACAAACAUGGAAACACUUACUGAACACCUAAUUUAGGUUGAUAAGUGUCUACAGGUCUGCCAGGCAUGUGUUCUUUCCUGUGUUCUCCUAUGGGUUACUUACACUCAUUCUUGGAGUGCUAAAACAACUCAAGUAAGAAAGUAGCUGGCAUCAUAAAUCCAAAGGAAACGUGUGUUUGAAGAUGCAAAGAGGAGGCCCGGAAGUCUGUUGUUUGGAGGUCCAUGUUGUAGAAUCUUACUGGUUCGGAGCGAGAGCUCAGACUGAAUGGAAAGACUACCUUUGAAUCCCAACUUCCUCCUGGUCUCACGAUGCCUCUGGUCCUCUUCCUUCCACCAGUACUAUGAGAUAACAGAGCUACCAUUCCAGCUUUAGAAGCUGGAGUGUGCGUUCCUCUUUGCAAUCAAGAGGAAAGCUGGCUUGCUUAAGUUGCCACUACUUGCUCCUGUGCCACCUUCCAUAAGAGGGGAAUGCAAGAAAGUUUUUCCAGGACUUCCUCAUGAGUUCCAGGAAGGGCCAAGAAAAAAGAUCUGGAGUCUGGUGCCACUGUCCUCAAUGCCCCAAAAGGUUACACAUGAGAUGCAUGACAAGGUAGUUCCAGGCCCCACCUGGACCAAAGUGGCAAUUUCUGGAAGGCAGAACUCAGAGACUGACCUAUGUCACUGGUGCUCGAUUGGACCCUGGAGCUCCCACGUUUACUUUCAAAGGCCUACCAUGGGCAGGAUCUACUAAAUCUGCCUUUCUCUAGCCACCCACCUCUUUUACCUUACCCCCUCUUCUACCAGCACAGGUAAUGAGUCUAAAAAAGUCUGCAGCAUGCACUUUAAAACCUCUUCCCACCAAAAUUCUCCAUUUACCUCACAACCUUAAGCAUAUCACGUAUGAGGACACUUUUCUCUUGAGUUUGAGGCAGAUCUGAUGGUUUUCCAGUGAAUAUAUGCCCUAGAGAGGAGGACACUUUGUAUUAGGGGAUUAGCUGGGAUGAUUCCUGCCUUGGUCCAUUCAGGCUGCUGUAACAAAAUACCACAGCGUGGGUGGUAUGUGUCACAGUUCUGGGGGCUGGAAGUCUAAGAUCAGGGCCAGGUGAAGGAUCUCUUCUGGGCUGAGUUGCAAACUUCUCCUUGCAUUCCAACAUGGUAGAAAGAGCUAAGGAACUCUUGGGGGUCUCUUUUUUAAGUCAUUAGUCCCAUUUGUGAGGGCUCCACCCGUAUGAUUAUGUACCUCCCAAAGACCCACCCACCUCCUAAUGUCUCCAUCUUGGGGAGUUAGGAAUGCUACAUACACGUUUGAGGGGUGAGGCACAAAUAUUCAGACCCUAGCAAUUUCCUGCCAGUGGAUCUCGGUUAGACUAUGUGGCGUGGAGAGAUAGAGUGUGACAUCACUAGUACAGAGCCUGCUGCAGAGGAUGUAAGCAGUAAACAUUUUUCUUGUGUUGUCUUGACCAAUUCUUUAAGCGCUGCUCAGAGGCUGACUCCUCAGAACAGCAAGAAGCAGGAGACUCUGAGGCAGCCCCAAGCUGCCAAGCAGGAGGACAGGGAGUACCAGGGCACAGCAGCCGUUGUGCUCUCAGGCUCAAGACAAAAGGAUGUGCGUGCAUUGACGUCAUGUAACUUCCACAUUCCACCACUUCCUCUGCAGAUACCAUCAGUGGUCAAGCCAUGCGCUUGCUGGGGAGCAGAGAGAUCGCUUAGAGACUGCUCCUGCAGUUCACAUGGGCUGCCUCUACAAGAAUCUCACAGAAGCCUUCAUCCUGCCAGAGAAGGCGGGAUGAGGGAAGCUCAAGGAUGGGGGUCCAGCUGCCGUUCACUCAAGGGGCCCAGGCUGCCAUGUGGCCAGCAGCAGACACUGCUGCUGAAUGACUUCAGACAAGGAAUGUGCAGAGAAUACCAACACGAACGUGUAAUGUCAACCUCUCUUUCCUUGCGCUUGAAAACUGUCUUAGGUUCAUAGAAUAAUGGCACUGGAAGACACCCUGAAGCUUCUCUUGUCUAACCUGUUCAUUUAAUGGCUGAGGAAACUGAGGCCCAGAAACAAAAGCUGAAUUGCAAGUGCUCACACGGUGAUGAGGACUGGUGAUUUUUCAGAGCUCCUCUAAGCCACUCUUCUGUAGUUCUUGUCAUUCUUGGCUUCUCUCCAGGAGUUCUUUUCCCGGGAUCGUGAUGUGACAUUUACUGGACAUCAGUUGCUGAGUGCUUCCAGAAUGUAGCCCUCGACUCAUCUCUUGGUCACAACUAAAAUAUGCUAUUUUUCACCUACUUUGUCUUUGCUGCUCUAAGACCAUGGUUCUCAGUCUGGGCUACACAACAGAAUCACGUAAAAGAGAUUUUAAAAAAAUUCUGAAGCUCGAGAUCCCACCCCAUGUCAAUUGAAUAAGAAUCUUGGGUGGUGGUGCCUAAGAAUUGUUUUUCCUUAAAAAAAAAAAAAACAACUUUGCCGUUUAUUUUAGAAUGCAUAGAGGACUCUGUGUGAAUGGAUGGUGGUGGUGGGAGGAAACAGGAUCCCACGUUCCCCCUCCUUGCCUCAUCUUCACAUUUUCGCUGCGACAUUCGUCUGUAGUCGAAUGAUAUUUCCCUGCCGCUGACGGCGGG